CCUCAUGUAUAUAAACCCCCCAAAGUCCUGUUUGCUGCAACUAAACCCAAUUAACAAGCAAAAUGAGUCUCAGCGACAAGGACAAGGCCGCAGUCAAGGGCCUCUGGGGUAAGAUCUCCGGCAAGGCCGACGAGAUUGGCGCCGAUGCCCUGGGCAGGAUGCUGGUCGUCUACCCCAUGACCAAGACUUACUUCUCCCACUGGAAGGACUUGAGCCCCGGCUCUGGCCCGGUGAAGAAGCACGGAAAGACAGUGAUGGGUGGUGUUGCUGAUGCUGUGUCCAAGAUCGAUGACCUGAAAGGAGGUCUUGCCUCCCUCAGUGAGCUGCACGCUUUCACCCUGAGAGUGGACCCUGCCAACUUCAAGAUGCUCGCCCACUGCAUCCUUGUGGUCAUAUCCAUCAAGUUCCCAGGUGACUUCACCCCUGAGGCCCAUGUGGCUCUGGACAAGUUCCUGGCUGCUCUGGCUCGUGCCCUGUCUGAGAAAUACAGAUAAACAGCUGGAAAAGAGUGACGGGACAGCAGCGUGGGAUUCAACACGCUCACCAAGUCUGAAGAUGAAUAAAUGAUCAAAAGCAA